AUGAGCCACCCCCAGCGCACCACCACCACUGCCAUUGCUACUGCCACCUCCGCCGACCCCCUACCAAAUCCCUCAAUGACCUCGACAUCCGAUGGUGCUUCACACAAAGUUUUGCAGGAGCUGUUCGGCGUAUUAAGACGCUAUGAGGAUUUCAAAUCCGCAAAGGUCUUAGUCGUCGGAAAGGCGUGCAUUAGCCACCAUCUCAAAGACAGGUCACUGGAAAAAAUCGAAAUACUCGUCAACACAAAACUUCCGCCAGUCACGCUCCGGGCGGACCUCAUAUUCGACCAAUCCGGAUACUUUUCAAUGUCGAGUAUGUCGAAUGCUGACGGCUGCUCUUUCAAUAUGAAAGUGGAAGAUUCCAAUCGCAUCUCUUGCACCUUGGACACUGUAUCCCCACGGCAGCUGUCGCCCACGGCUAGGGACCUCAAACUUCAAAUUUGCUACCAGGCUUUUGGGAAAGUACAUCAGCUGCAAUAUGUUCCGCGAGAGGCGAUUCCCUUUGCUGACCUCCCCUCCGUCAUUUUGAUGGAGGUCUUGUUGCCUUCAGAGACUAAAACAAUCAUCAAAUCCUCCCAGGUGUGGAACUUAGCCAAAAGGCUUGAUCCACAGUUUAGGUGGGAGGAUGGGCAGAGGAACGCUCUGGAGGCGAAGCUGACAAGGCUCAUAGAUCUGGGAUGGAACUAUGAGAAGAGGACGCGUGAAGAGUGGCGUGCGGCCCUCCAUCUCCAUAUUGAUGAGCUGGCA